UGGAAACGAAUAGUUGUCUCCCCUCGACCAUGCAUAACAAGCAAGCCUAAUGCCAAUCUCAGUGUAGAUGAUAGGGGUACUUGUGACAUUCUCAAGGGCAUAUCCCUCCUGCCAAGAUAUAGGUAAUGACGUAAAUAUGAGGGAUUACGGUCUUAUCGAACAUGACAGGAAUAUCUUAAUAAAAUCUUCUUCAAAAAUGAAUGUAAAAAAUGGUUUAAUUAAUAUUUUUAUAUUAUGUGGGAUAUAUAAAUUCUUAAGCUGCAGAUUCUGGAUUCAUCACUGACCAUUCAGAGCAAUAUGAACAACCAAACCCUGGCCACCGUUCCGUUAUACAGUAACCCCGUAAUGUUUCAUGCACAACCAGAAACGUUUCGGUUUCUAACCGAGACGAACUCACUUUAUGAGUCUUACUUGAGGAAGGUCCACUUCUCGGAUUCCACCAUUUCAAUCCCAACCCAGCCGAAGAUCUUCAACCAACCCAGUCAUACCAAUAUUUCGCCCGAAGUUCCGCUUGUUGGUGUUAAUGACAAAGGACCGGAAUCCCAAGCCGAAACGCCUCCGGUUCUUGAUGGAAUCGCUGCUGUUGUAGGGCAACAUGUCCUCUUUGGUAAAAAAAAUAGCAGUACCUCAAAUAAUGGUGAAAGCUCUCUAAUUCCGGAUUUCGGCUACGUUUCGGAGCGUCUUGGUGCCGCCGAAACUUCGAUAAAACAUGCUGAUAAUAAGAAGAGUAACGUUCCGGUGCAAAAGAACUAUCGGGGAGUGAGGAAGAGGCCAUGGGGAAGGUGGUCGGCGGAGAUAAGGGACCGUAUCGGGCGGUGCCGUCACUGGCUGGGGACUUUCGACACGGCAGAAGAGGCAGCACGUGCGUACGAUGCGGCGGCGAGGAGGCUGAGAGGGGCAAAGGCCAGGACCAACUUUGAAAUCCCGUCUGUGUUUCCCCUCACGUUGCAUUGUUCACCACCUUCUUCUUCGGAUGCCAAGAGAGCGAGAAGUGCUAAGAGGCCUCCCAAGGGUUCGAAAAGCAACAGAAAAUGCUCAGUGGUGACCAGUGUAGCUCAUUUGUUUAGUGAGGCUCCCACUGAUCUUAGAAGUAGUCAAGUUAAAAUUCGGAAUGUGGAGCUGGAUUUGAAGAUUGGAGUUGGAGUGAGUUUUAAUGGAAAUUAA